UAAAAACAAGCUGUCAAGGUUUUGCUGUAAGCGUCAUCUAAGCAGCAAACAGGAAGCCUCUCCGGCACAGUACACUGACUAUGGCGUCUCAGCAGUGGGCUCAUUUCCUACCGAGGUUGGCAGCAGCAGGCAACGGACAGAAACAUCGGAGGACAUUGCGCACUCUUGGACGGAACCGAAAGCCAAGCGCUGCUGCUGAUCUUGUUUUCACAAACAAGCCUGGCUCGCAGGAGAAGCACUGUUAGGUGACAUACCUGCAAGGAGUGAGUAAAUAUCAAGGCGAUGUUCUGUUAGUUUGGAACCGAUUGUUUUGCGGUGCCGAUGUUCAUCGACCGGGUGCACAAAGACCAUGGAUGGGCAUCAUCAGCCCGCCUGAAAUAACCCUCCGUCUCACUUGUUUGGUUGGACGCCUUUUUUUUUCUUUCUAAAUCCAAUUCAAGAGAUCAUCUUCACGUUCCCCUGUUCCUCCUCCUGCUGAGAUUUCACCAUCACGACGGCGUCAUCCCAGGGAGCCAGCUCUGUGGCGGCGAAGAUGACCGCAGCGCGGUACCGUCCCACAUGGGAUCUGGCCGUGGACCCCCUGGUGUCAUGUAAGCUGUGCCUUGGAGAGUUCCCCCUGGAGCAGAUGACCACCAUCACACAGUGCCAAUGUAUCUUCUGUACACUGUGCCUGAAGCAGUACGUGGAACUAUUAAUUAAAGAAGGCCUUGAAACUGCAAUUAGCUGUCCCGACUCCGCCUGUCCAAAAAGAGGGCACUUACAGGAAAAUGAGAUUGAGUGCAUGGUGGCCACAGAAAUGAUGCAGAGAUACAAGAAGCUUCAGUUUGAAAGAGAGGUGCUGUUGGACCCUUGCCGGACGUGGUGCCCUUCCUCGACCUGCCAGGCCGUGUGCCAACUAAAGGAGGCCGAUUCACCGGCAGUGCCCCAGUUGGUCCAGUGUGCCGUUUGCGCGCUUGAAUUCUGUUCGACCUGCAAGGCCAAUUGGCACCCGGGUCAGGCCUGCUCGGAGAACAACCUUCCCAUCACUUCUUUCCUGCCAGGGGAGAACAGCUCUUUCUAUAAGAACGAGGACGACGCCCCCAUCAAGCGCUGUCCCAAAUGCAAAGUGUACAUCGAGAGGGACGAGGGCUGCGCUCAGAUGAUGUGCAAGAACUGCAAGCACGCCUUCUGCUGGUACUGUCUGGAAUCCCUCGACGAUGACUUUCUCUUGAUCCACUACGACAAAGGGCCUUGUCGAAACAAACUGGGCCACUCCAGGGCGUCUGUUAUAUGGCACAGAACACAGGUGGUGGGAAUCUUCGCUGGGUUCGGCCUACUCCUGCUGGUCGCCUCCCCCUUCCUCCUCCUGGCCACGCCCAUCAUCCUGUGCUGCAAGUGCAAGUGCAGUAAAGGCGACGACGACCCUUUGCCCACCUAAACACCGCCGCCAAGAACCGAUGACGUGCAAAGCCGCUCAAAGGAUGGCCCAUCUUCAUUUUGACCCCGCCCCCCUUCUGUUCACGCUGUUUUUGUUUUUCCUCCUCCCGCCAGCUUUGAGCGCUUCAUUUUUAUGGGGCUGAGCCUGCACGAAGCCCAGGCUGCUUUGGGAUCCAUCGCUCUGCAUGGUAGAUAAGCGAGUUGACAGUGUGUCCCUGAAGAGAGGAGCGCAGGGUCAAAGAACCCCUCACGGGUCAAACUUGCCAAAAAUGUUCAUUUGGGGGAGCAAGUCGGCGCUUUUGCCUUCAGUGAAAUACCACAAACAUUACGAGAGUGUUUCUCUUGAAUGGACAAUGAACUGUUGUUAUUGUACGUACUCAACAAACCCCCAUCCGCUGCUCACCACAUCACCUGAUAUAGCUCUCCAGGUUCGGUCCAGUAGCAUUAGAGGCGCACCACGCAUGUUCGGCGUUCACUCAACUUGCACGCAUCAGCGUGAUUUGUUUGUUGAUGGUUGCCGUAGCGACUACCAACACGUCCCCCCUUCAAUGAUGUCAUGACCUCACGCUUUUGAAUAGAACCGAGUCGUGUCUGCUGUAUGUCCUGUUGUGUAUUUUUAAAAGUUUCCUAACCUUUAAAAAAAUGUCAAAGGGGGUCGCCGCUCCAUUGUGCACAUUCGUUAUCGUAGAGCGGCACUUUCUUUUUUCAAAUUCAGUGCCGACUUAGAAGCCAAUCGGGAGGACUUUCUUUUUUUUGUUUUUUUUUUUAAAUCAGUGUUUCUCUCCUUUAAUACUUCGACACCCCUAAGUGGUGGUUUAGCCAAAACUGAAGCCUUAGGAUUGAAAAUAGCCAAAAGCAGCCAUUUCCCCCCUAUAUGGUAAAUCCAAAUAUUCUGUAUAAUCCCAGGGAAUAUGUGUACAAAGAUCUUUCAAAGUGGCCGUCGAGCUCUGUGUCUGAUGAUUCUAUGAUGUCAUUCAUGUGUCACUUUGUUAAUAGCCAUACUUGUUGGAGUUGGGGGAGCAAGUUCUGUCUUACCUAUAGGGCCAUCAUUUUUAAAAUCCCGACAUUUGUUCAACCCUCACAGCAUGCAAUCAGAUCUCCCGCUCAUGGAGAUUUCAAAGCCCAAACUUGCAUAUAUGUUAGUUGUCCUGAGUGUUUUUGUCUUGUUGGUAGCAACAAGCACCCCCCCUCCCCAAAGGGGAGCUACAGAAGAGCCUGUACAGUUGAUCGAAACGAAUGUACCAUUUUAGGGCAGCUUGAUAUAAAGCUGCUUUGCUAUAUCGCUUUAUCUAUGCAAGUUUGAACAUCCCGCCCCUCUCAUUUUAAUGUGUGUUGAUUAGGUCUACCAAAAGUACAAAACUACGUUAAAAUGUCUCGAUACAUUUUGCACGUCAUUUAUUUGUUCAUUUGAAUUCUUGUAUCCAGGGUAAAAAAAAAAUAAAAAUUAUAAUUUGAUAGACAGCUUUGACAUACCGCAAACUGCUUCCAGAGCAGACAUGACAUCUGGAAAGGUUAAGAGGAAUAGUUUAACACUUUAAUUUGACCCAAAAUCAAUUUGCGAGGGGAGGGCAAGCACGAUCUGAUGUCUGCUGUCAAGGAACAACAUUAAUACAAAUUUAAACCUCCCACGAGUAGAAAAUACGGUAUGGAUGUUUCGUAUCAGCUUUUCUCUGCUGUAGCCAAAGUCAUCCUUUAUCAAUUUAGUUUGUCAUUAUCCCAGAAAAGUGACCCAUUCCAUUAAAAUAAGAAAUAUUUGUGAUUUUAAAGGUUUUGUGUUGAUCCAACAUCACUUUUAUAUCUAGCAGAUGAUCAUCAACAAACUUUCAGGAAUUCUUUCAAGCAAACUUGAGGAUUGACGCUCCAAUAUUUUUAAGAUAAUUUGAUCAUAUAGAAGUACUGCUCAGGGCAAAACUCUCCUGGUGCAUUGAUUUUUUUAAUUAUACAAGGUAAAGAUAUUGUGAUCACUUUGCUGGGACUCCACACAUACCAUCGCCCUCCAUCAUAUUUCAUCUCUGAUUUUACAAAUGUUCAUCCUCCUAUAUUCCCACCGUUGCAUUCCGGUAGAGUUCAUGUAGCAUUUAGUUUUAAAUAUGUCUUACAUUUACAUUAUCAAGCAAAAAGCAGGCCACGUGUUCUAUGACAGUCAGUAGCUUUUUGAAGCUAACAAGUAGCUCAAACAUCUGCAGCUCCCUCUUGAUGUAUUGUUCAUAAUAUUAGUCGCCUUAAGUUUGUGUAGCCCUUUUUACUACAGUGUAAGCAUGACACUAUACCACAUUUGGUAAAAAAAAACAUUUUUUCAACUAUCGAAUUUCAACCUGAAAGUGAUUUGAUUCUUUUCUUUUAAUUUUUUUUUUUUUUUUUUUCAUGACAACCGUGCCAAGCAGAUUUGCUAUAAAGAAGGGCAAAGUUGUCUAUUGUAUUUGUAAUGUGAUACCAGUUUUUACAGGGUGGAACUAUCUUAAUGCUUCUUUAAUGUGAGGUCUGCACUGUUAAGUUUGUUCAUAAGGAGGUGUCAUUUAAUUUUGUAGUUCUGGUGCCUGGUGUGUUUACUGGCGAUAGCUUUCAAAAAAUUAAUUGCUUGUAGUUUUCUUUAUUUAUAUAUUCAGGCUGGUGAAGAAUAAACAAAUACAAGAAUGUCACAUUUACAUGGUGAGUAUAGGCACCAAUGACAUCAAAAUAAAAUGCUGGCCAUUUCUUCUGACAUUGUUUAUUAUUCUUUCAAAAUGGCUUGCACAGUUAUACAAUUGAAUAUGCAACCGAAAUUUAAAAAAGGGCCAAAUUCCACAAUCACAUUGCAUUAUGCCAAUCAGGAUUUCUGUAACGCUUACUACUUCUUAAACAUCAGCACAAGUAAGGGCUUGCUUCUAAAUGCCUGAAUCGAGAGCAAAAAAAGUACAAUGAGCGUUUGUUGCCCUUGCAAUUUGUAUUUGAGUGACGCGUCCUUGGAUAAAGCUGCAUGAUUUUUAUUGGCCGUCUAAUUAAUAAAGCUUUGCUUUAGCCUCCCAUCAGUCAUCUUAUGUUAAAAAAAAAAAAAACUGCCAUGUUUUGUGCAUUUUGAGGAGCCUAUUUUCACCACCUAGUUCAGCUCCACCUGACUUGUAUUUGUUUUAUAUAAACACAAGACUUGCAUUUGUUUGUUCAUUGUUUGGAUUUGGAAAAAAAAUAACCUGGUUGGCAACAAAAAAUGGCAUUUGUAUCAGUUCUGUAAGUCUUAGGUUCAGUAUAUCUACAGUUCCACUAACACUGUGAUUCCAGAUAUUAAAUGUUUUUUUGUGA